CACGCUCACACACACCGUUAUAUCUCAGUAAACAAGCUGGUGAAAGUGAGCAGACAGCAGGACGUUAACAGGAACUCACAGGAGCAGAGAUGGGUCUUGGAAGGAAGCUGGACGUCCCGGUCAGCGACCUCUCUCUGAUCAGAGGGAUGUGGGAGGUCCGAGUGAAGAAAUACAGACAGAAACAGAAGAAGGAGCAGGAGAGGAUCGAGCAAAGUGCUCUCCCCAAGAUCGACCAGCAGUGGCAGUAUCGUAUACACUGUAAGACACUGAAGACCAAUGAACUCAACCUGCUGCAUCAUUACCUGGAUAGAAGUACACUGACUGAUAUACAGGUGCACACAGAAGCAGAGCAGCAGGAUCAAAAAGGUCCGGAGCAGAGCAAGCUGAGCUUCCAGCUGGACGGUGAUCAGUGGACGGACUUCCCCAGGGAGCUGCAGUGGAUGACUUACCUGAAAGAGUGGCACGUUAGAGGGACAAAGAUCAGUCGGCUGCCUGAGUACCUGGCUCUGUUCACCCAGCUCACCGUGCUCGAGAUCCCCCAAAACACCAUCGCCGACCUGCCACCUGAGAUCGGUAAACUGACAGGUUUGAGGGAAUUAAACGUCAGCUACAACCGUCUGUCCAAAGUUCCUCCAGAACUCGGAAACUGUGAGAACCUGAAGAGACUCGAACUCACUGGAAACCACAACCUGUCCGAGCUGCCGUUUGAGCUGAGCAGCCUGAAGCAGCUGCUUCAUCUGGACAUUGCGGAAAACAAGUUCAUAUCGAUCCCCAUCUGUGCUCUGAGGAUGAGCAGCCUGCAGCUGUUGGACCUGAGCCACAACAGUCUGACUGACCUGCCGCAGGACAUGGACAGGUUGGAGCAGCUGGUCACCCUGUUCCUCCAUAAGAACAACCUGUUUUACCUUCCUCACUGUCUCACCAAAAUCUCAACGCUCAAGAUGAUCGUUGUCAAUGGCGACGUGCUCAACUGUAUCCCGACCAAACUGUGCAGAAACCCUGACAUCAAGUUUAUUCGACUGUGCGAUAACCGUGCGAGUGCAGAGAAGAAGAAGACAGAAGAGGAGAAGAAGAAAGAUAAAAACAAGAAGAAGAGGUGGAGAGAGCAGAGAGAGGAGGAUGUGAAGAAGGACAGCAGAGAGAAGGAGUUCAUUGAGGCGUACAUCAGCUCGCUGAAGGACAGAGACACCAUCCCCGACUUUACAACCAAGGUCUCCAUCUCCUGCCUGCUAUGAGGAAGAGGAGGAUGAAGGUGAUCAUGUUGACAGUCUGUGACCAUCUCCACAUUGAAGAGGAAGAAGAUAAAGCCGUAGAGAGCCGGACCCAAACCAUUACAAAGACCUCUGAUACCUGUGAUCAUCCCCUGGGCCACACCUGAACACACACACAAAAUUAAGAAAGGUUUAAUUAUGCAUUCAAAAUAAACUUACACAGAAGAACCAGCACUUCUCUCCUUCAGACAGACAGACAGACAGACAGACAGACAGACAGACAGACAGACAGACAGACCUUGCUGGUCAGGUGAUGCACUGUGUGAUACCAGAGCUGAGACUGCUGGGAAGGUGAUGGAGGACAUGGCUGCUACUGUUCCUGCUGCCCACAUCAUCCUGAAACAGAUAUGAAUAACAGUGUGAACAAAUGACUGUUAUAUAAUUAUAAUAUGAUUAUAUGAUUAUAUAACUUUACAUGCUAAAACAGAAAAUACAAUACAAUAUGUAGACUGUGAGAAAAGAUUAAAAAAGUAUGAGACAUUCAUCUAGUGAAGAAGUGAUAUUGAUAAAAGAAGCUCUUUGUUACAGCCUCCUUCUGAUUAGAAUAAGACCUGGAAAUAUUUAUCUGUGAUAAUUGUGUUAAACAAAUCUUAAAUAAAUUGCCUGUUUUCAGUAAUGCCAUCAC